AUGUGUAUAAGAGACAGAUUAUAUAGCUAUGACAAAUAUAACUGGAAAACUUUUAAUGAUAACGCUGGUAAAAGACAGAGCUUCUUGCUUUCUGGGCCUGAUAUUCAGAUGUUUCAUACUUCGUUUGAUGCCAGAUUUAUUCAGUUCAAUUUGAUUUCCACAUCUAAAAGGACAAAGGAUUUUGAAUUUGUACUCUAUGGCUGCAAAGAAUCAGGUGAUAUUUAUUUGACAUCGUCCGAUGCUACAGAUGUACAAAUCAACAUAGAGUACUUCAAUCUGCUCAACAGCGUUCUCGUGUCGGCAAAUGCGUCUUUUGUUGAGGAAAUUUCAGAUUUUGAAAUAGAGCCUCAACAGUAUAUUGGAUAUGGAUACGAUGGAGUCAUACAAGGCACUCUUUCAUCUGGUUCUCAUCUAAAAUUUGAAGUGAAGAUGGACAGAGUAAAUUUAACUUCCUAUCUAAAUGAAGAUUACCUCCUUACACAGACGCUUGCUAUUACGUUUACACCAAACUGGACAUCAUUGGAAGAACUUAAGAACUUUUCUGUAAUAGUUACUAUUGAUAAUGUCAUCAGCUAUCCUGUAUCCUUAUCAACAUUGUUUAUCGUUCAGUACGAGGUUACUGGCCUAAAUGUGUCUGUUGCAGAUCCAUUUGUUGAAACCAAUAAAAAGGUUCAUAUAUCUUAUGACAUGAUUGUGGGAUCGCAUCUGAACUGUUCUCUAGAUGUCGGUGACGACGACUCCGUAAUUUACAAUGGCUACACGUUUAUGAGUAGAAAAACUGGGAAUGCUUCGAAUCAUAUUCACACCUACAAGUCUGCAGGAGUGUAUAUUAUAAACGUUAGCUGUUAUAAUCAAAUAAGCUAUGCAUCUAAUAGCACUAUUGUUACUAUCCAAAAUUCAGUAGGGACAACAAGACUUAAGAGCUAUACAGAGGUUGUCCGGAUCACUUCGUUGGACAAUGGUAUUUUCAAUAUAUCGUAUCACUUUAAAAAACAUGGAAAACUCCCAACCGACGCAACUGCUAGUUAUGAUUUUAUUGAUUCAAACAAUGAAUAUACUAUGGCACAAGAACUGGAUUUUGUACCAAUUUCGAAUGGGGUGCUCCACUCUAUAGACGUCCACCACUGGGGCUCCUAUUCAGUUAAUAUCAACAUUUACAACAUGAUAAGCUCUGUCAAGCUUAGAAAAACCUUUGAAGCAGAAAACAUCAUUGAAAACCUAGAAAUAUCAAGUGUUGAUUAUGCCAGAGUAAAUGAACGCAUUGCCUUCAAUAUAUCUGUCUCUGCAGGGUCACGUAUAACUUAUAUGAUUAAUUUCAUGGAUGGCAGCACAGAAGUCACUCCUCUGGGUGGUCAUAAUACUAUGUUUUUCCACCAAUUUAUUUCUGACGGUUUAUAUAAAGUAACUGUUAAUGCAAGUAAUCUCCUUGAAGGCCAGGUUACGAGAGUCCACGAAAUUAUGAUUCAAUUUCCAGUUGACGGAUUCGAAGUUAAAACACCUCCUUAUAUCAAGCUAGACGUUGAUACCCUGCGCGCAGAUAUUCCAAUAGUGUUAGAGCAGUCAGUUGGUUUCAACUUUCCCACUGGCGCUCAAUAUUCGCUUGAAGUGAAUAGCGUCCCGUUUCUGUCAGGUAAGCUCUACGACCUCAAUACAACGAUUGUAUUAGUAGCGUCGUUCAACAUUACACUCUAUCAAGUUGGUUUGUAUCAUUUACAAUUUCACAUUUGGAAUCUUGUCUCCUACGAAAUUUACGAAACAAGCUUUGAAGUAUUGGAGAUGAUAAGCGGUAUGAAAACUGUGUUGACUAUGAACAACGUUAAUGUAUUUCGGUCGUCGGAGGACUCCGAGAUACCGAAAGAUGAUGGAAAAUUGUAUCUUCCUCGAGACCAUGCUCUAGUAAUGAGUAGUAAGAUAAACACAGGUUGUAACGUAACAUACACAUGGACGUGUGAACCAGACAGACAAUCGAAUGCGUCAACUACCCAACGUAAUUAUAUAUGGUUUGCAACUCCGGAUACAUAUACCGUAACACUCAAUGUUUCUAACCCUGUUAGUUACGUCAUGUUCACAACAGAUGUGGUUGUUCAAGAAACAGUAAUUGAAACAAAUCUGAUAGGGUUUGGUCCAAGUUUAAGGAACACAACAACAGAGUUUAAAUUAGACCUCGGCAAAGUGGGUACUGAUGCAUGUUAUCAUAUUGACUUUAUAGACAAUACCUCAGAAGUUGGUUAUAUACAAUAUUUGGGAUUUUGCAAAGCUUGCAAUAAUCGUUAUGGUGAUUUAUCUGAUGAAUGCACAGAACUGAAUUCUCAGUCACUUUGGCAAACGAAACAUAGUGGUGAAUCUGUAAAAAUAACUAUUGAAAACAAAUUCAUGACCCAUGGUGUAUACCUGAUAGAGCUAAUAGCGUUUAAUCAGGCUUCUUACCUUAAGAAAACGCUCUCUCAAGUUAUUACAAAAUUACCAUGUUUUUUUCCAAAUGUUAGUGUAGCCGAAUUAAAUGCAUGUACUGACAAUUUUAUGUGCGAUACAUCUACACAAACCAGACAAUAUUACGCAUCAGUUAAUAUUUUCAUCCUAGCGGAGGUACAACUAGAUUGUAAAUCUACACAACUUGCAGAAUUUGUGUGGAAAAUAUACCAAAUUGGUAAUAACAAAAGGGAAAUUAUACCUUCUGACGUUCAAACCACAGGAAAUGGUUUAAGUAACUUAGUGAUACCAGCAAAAACACUCUUCUACGGAACAUAUAUGUUUUCAUUGACAGUCUCUAUGGUUGGGGAAGAAGGAUUAAUUACCACAGAUUCCACAAAUCUUGGUAUACUCCCGACACCACUACAUGUUGGUAUCGAUUACGGAACAUUCCGAACUAUUUCCUGGAAUCGUAUCAUAACCCUAGAUGCAAGUGAUUUAACAUAUGACCCGGAUCUAGAUAUUUCUAACAAAAGCGGUAUGAACUUUACAUGGCAGUGUCGCCGAAAAAAGUACAAGGUGUCAAAUGGUACAGUUGAAGACGUUACCACAUUUCAAUUUUGGAAUGAUAAGUUCACAGAAUUAAUUACUGAUUCGAAGAGCAAUAUUCUAUUUAACCCUUAUAAAGAAUCUACAGACAUCGGAGGCUGUUUGGGAAGAUAUGGAGAGGCCAAUGGCCAUGUUCCUGGUGGUGUGUUAAAUGUAACUGGGCCAGUUGUAGUCAUAAAUACAUUUGGAAUGUAUUGGAAUAUGGAAUAUGAGAUUCGGCUGACUGUCUGGAAGAACAAUCGUAAUGGAACAUUCAAACAGAUACCUGUCUCUUAUACACAUCUAGAUGUUUGCAAACUUAAUUGUAAAAUUAAGAAAAAUCCAACAAAUCGGUUGUCUAUAGAGGCUAAACACAAUGAGAACCGUGGUACUAUUUUGUAUUACAGGUGGCGCCUGUUUAUGUAUGUAAACAAUUUUUAUCACGAAAUAGACGAGAGUAGAGUGAUAUCAUAUGCGAGUACGGGGAUAGAUGUUGCAAAUCUUUCACUUGAACCUGGAUUCUUCAUUGAGAACACUAUUUAUAGAAUCGAACUUAAGGUGUCAAGGAAUUCAAAUUUUGAAAACUCAGGUGUCAGCAAGUUGGAUUUUGAGACAAAUGAUAAACCAGUGGAAGGCAACUGUGAGGUGGAACCGACGAGUGGUAUUGAAUCCGCAACUGAAUUUAUAAUAAGUUGUGAAAACUAUAAAGACGAUGACAUUCCACUCCUUUACCAAUUCUCUGUGAGGUCAAACGAUGAGGCUAACUGGGCUUUAAUCUAUUCCGGUUAUACGUCAACAUCAAGUGCCGCUCAAUUUCCUGCAGGAUCCGUUGCAAGUAACUACAGUGUUGCAAUUCUAGUCCGAGUAGCCGACAGCCUCGGUUCUUUCGUUGAAAAUGACUCACUUUCUGUUCAGGUUUUACCGGCCCAUUGUACUUAUGAAGAAAUCUUUGAAAAAUACACAUUGGUAUUUGAGAAAGUUGCAUCAAUUGCCGGAGCUGGAGGAUUUGGUUCAGUAUGUAACAUAGCUAUUUCUAUAUCCGGAUACUUGAACCGCUGCACUCAAAUCGCACUUGAAAAAGGCAUUAGCAAUGGUACCAUAAAAGAACUGCAAAAAAAAACAAGAGAAGAACUCUUACGGGCAAUGUCAACUUUGAACCCAGCAAAAACACUGGGUUCUAUGAACCAGAUGUCUUCUGCGUUAGACUUACUAACUAUGCAGGUUGAAGAAAUUACACCAGUGGCUAUGCGCUUUGUCGAUUAUUUAGUUGGAACUUUCACUAAAACCAUAACCUUCGUUGAUGGUGCAUCUGCGGAAGAGAUAGAGGAAUCUGCAAAAUUAGCAUUCAACUCGCUCGGGCGUUUAAGGAACAACGAUGAUUCAGGGUCAAACGACACUGGGUCAAAGGUAAUUCAGUUCAUGACAGACAGUGUGACAACUCUAAUGGUGACUGGGCAAAGUGAUAUUAAGAUUGCAUCUCAGACGGUUGCAGUUACUAUUUCAAAAAUGUUUACAACAACUCUCAUGAACGGAACGGCGCCGUUUACAGAUCAAAGUAAUCAGCCGAUAAUGAUACUCCCGGAUAUUGUAGAUUUAUUUGGUGAUGGCAAUGAUACGUCUACAGAAUUGCAAGUUCAGGUCACUGCUAGAACCAACAAUCCGUACGGACUGGAGGACUCGAACGUUGCACUUGGGUCUAUGAUCUCACUUGACAUGAAAAAUGAUACUGGUCAAUCUGUAAUUCCAGCUAACCCAAAUGUGCCAUUUGAGUUUAUGAUCACACUAAAUACAGACGCUCUAGACUCAAACACUAGUAGUCGGUUCGACGAUAAGUACAGCUUUCAUGAGACUGAAAAUGGCUUGUUGUCUUGUCAAAAAGUUAGCGACGUGAAAAGACACUCGGCAGUUACUGUUGAGGUAAUGGCUUACAGCAAUGAGGACAUGUCACUCAACACGACGUACGAUUACAACUUUGAUAUCUUCCUCAAGAUCAACGAAAGUGCUUUCGAAGAUAACUACGAUCUAAGCUGUACGCUAAAACAAAGGUUAACUACACAUAAUAAUUCCAAUGUCACCGAUUAUCAAAACUAUCAAGAUAUUCCAUGGAAUUUGACAUUAACAUCGACGAGAGAAGGCCAGAACACGUGCCUUUUUUCAAAUACCGAACUUUCCCAGUUUAUAUACUCUGCUGCUGAUGUAUCUAUCUGCGUAAAAAGUGAUAUUGAAACUGGCAAUGGUUAUUAUAAGAAGCCUACACAAUUUCGGUUUGUAAUGGGAGUAUUUACAUCUGCCUGUUACUAUCGAAGUGGAGACAUCUGGCAGCAAAAAGGAUGCGAAGUUGGUAACAAAACCACAGAUAAGCAAACGCAGUGCUUCUGUCUACUGGUUUCGCCGGAUUCUUCAUCUGCGGAUGUGGGGACAAGAAGAAAACGGUCGACUGACGAUAGUGAAGCACUAGAAAGUGGUGUAGCAACAUUCAGUGGUGGUCUGGCAGUGCAUUUCAACUCCAUCGACUUGACUGUAGGCCUGAGUCAGCUAGCAGAAAAUCCUGUAGUGUUUGCCUUCCUAAUCAGCUGCCUUUGUUUCUACUUUGUGGUGAUAUUGUGGGCAAGAAAAGAAGAUAAGAGAGAUGCGUUAAAGGCCGGAGUAUGCCCAAUGAUAGACAAUGAUCCCUGCCACUACUAUAACUACGAGAUAACAUUCUUUACCGGGGUUCGGAUGGGCUCCGGCACAUCGGCAAACGUAUUUUUCAUCUUGAAUGGCGAGCAAGGUCAGACUGGGAUUCGAGCCGUCAAAGACAAAAAGCGUUCAAUCCUGCAGCGGAGUAGUAUCGACUCUUUUCUAAUGACUGUGCCCUCGUGCCUUGGCACUUUGGUUCACCUACGGAUCUGGCAUGAUAAUUCGGGGAAUGCUAAAUGGUUCCUUAGCCGAGUAACCGUCAAGGAUCUGCAGACAAACCGUAGUUACUACUUUAUGGUAGACAAGUGGUUUUGCUUGGAAGAAGACGACGAACAGAUUGAAAGAGUUAUCCCGACAGCCAGUCUUAGUGAGAUCACAAGCUUUGGACACCUGUUUCAUAGCAGAACCCGGCGUAACUUGAGUGAUGCCCAUAUAUGGUUAUCUGUCUAUCUGCGGCCCGCUAAAAGUACAUUCACAAGAUGCCAGCGAGCUACGUGUUGUCUAUCCCUGUUGUUCUGCACAAUGAUGGCUAAUAUUUUGCUUUACCAACCAAAUGAUGAAACUGGUGGAUCUAAAGAUGAUGCGAUUAAAAUUGGCUCUUUUGAAAUAUCUGUCAAGGAAAUCACAAUAGGGGUAAUUAGUAGCCUCAUGGUAUUCCCUAUCAAUCUGGGAAUUGUCCAGUUGUUCCGGCUAUCCCGUCCUCGCCAACGUAAUCAAUCGUGCUUCAAACAUAACAAACCAUCAAGUAAGUACUACAAGAAGAAACCAUCUCGCAUUGAGCCAAAAAUUCAACAUGUUUCACGAUUGCAUUUAACAAAGGAAAAGUCGAAUGACAUACCGGUAGAGGGUGCUGUGAUAUAUCAGCAAGAAAAAGUGGAAGUCACCAAGAUUGACAUGAACGAGCGUGAGAUGAGUAAGAGAAAGAGUAAAGUAAAGAAAGAAAAGCCACUUCCUUGGUGGUGUUUGUAUAUUGGGUGGUCGCUAUCUUUUCUAGCCAUCGGGAUUUCAAUGUGGUUGACAAUCGGUGUGGCAGCCAACUUCGGUGCACAGAAAGCAGAGCAGUGGUUGAAAUCUAUUUGUGUUUCACUCUGCCAAGACAUUCUGAUCUCACAGCCGAUAAAGGUGAUACUACUGGCAACUUUCUACUCACUGGUUAUCAAGAGCCCAGAUAAAGAGGAAGAUUGCCAAACACCGGAGUUAAAAGAGGACGAAGAGUGGUUACACCAAAACAUGUCAAAUAGAGGUACUGACGAAGAUGACGCUUUAAGAAGUGAACGCGAAGCCGCGUUGGCCAAUGCGGUUCCUCCUGAUUCUGAUGAAAUAGAGAAUUUGAAGAGAGAGAGACAAAAAGACCUUCAGAUGCACAAGAUACUGAAAGAAAUCACGACGUAUUUGGUGUUCCUAUUUAUACUGAUCAUUGUUACUUUUGGUAAUAUCAGUAGUGAUGGAAGUAGCAUGCAGAAAUCCAUGGUUGACGCGUAUAUUAAUGCUGAUUACCAUGGUAAAAAGCCAUUUUACAAGAUUUACUCUCGGGAGAGUUUUUGGGAAUACUUGGAUGAGGUUCUUGUUCCGAGUCUUUACUCGAGAGAAGGUUACAAUGGGACACCAAACCAGCUCUAUGAAAUCGAACGUCUUGUUGCUGAUAGAUCGUCGUCUUUACUUAGUACUGCUAGACUGCAACAAGUCAGGGUUCAAAAAGAUUACUGUCAAACAUCAAGCACAGUAGAGAGCCUUAAUAUUACAUGUAAGCCGCCAUACAGCUUUGGAUCCGAAGAAGAAAGAGACUUCAUGGAAGGCUGGAUUCUGUUGAACAAAACGGUGCAAAGUGACUUUGAUUACAAAGAUGCUUGGAAAUUCAAGGGUUGGUACGAACUAGAGAACCUGCUAAUGUGGGGGAUGUAUUCGUAUUACGGAGGAGGUGGAUAUGUUGCUAACCUAGGAAAAACUGAAUCAACUGCUCAACAAACUGCUAAAUACCUGAGACAAUCUACAUGGGUCGACCAAUACACACGGGCCGUUUUCUUAGAGUUUGCAGUCUACAACCCGCCUACAAAUUUAUUCGGCGUGUCAUACAUGCUUGUUGAAUUCCCGCCAACAGGAGGUGCAGUGACAUUCUAUUAUUUUCAAGUAGUACUCCUAGAUCAAUACCUUGGCGCUCUAGGACUGUUUGUCAUUAUAUGCGAGGUGGUGUUCAGCCUCUUCAUACUUCUUUUCCUAUCUAAGGAAGUGUCAGCAAUUAGGCGGGAAAGAAAAAAAUACUUUAAGAAACCAAGCAACUUAAUUGAGCUAUCCGUAUUAAUCUUAUCUAUACUGGCCUUGAUAUCGUACAUAAAUCGCUACAUUUUUGGCGUUCGCCUGAAAGCAUCAAGAGAAGAGGAUAUAAGUCAGUUUAUCAACUUUCAGAUAUUUGCCAGCUGGGAACAAAUGUAUUACUACAUACUUGGCUUUAUUCUGUUCAUUUCGACGGCAAAGUUCUUGAAAUUGCUUAGGUUCAACAGGCGCAUGCUAAUGCUAAGCAAUACAAUCGGUUCCUGUUGGUUGGAGCUUAUUAUGUUUUUGAUGGUAUUUAUGAUCGUCUUCGCUGCAUAUGCAUCUUGUGGGUACCUCUUGUUCAGUACAACAUUAAACGACUAUAGUAGCUUCAUAACAACGUUGGAAUCUCUCUUUGCAACACUUCUUGGUAAAUUUGAUUUCUUGGCCAUGCAAGAAGAAAAUCGUGUUCUCGGAGCUGUUUUCUUCUUUUCAUUCAUGAUGACUAUUGUGUUUGUUUUAAUGAAUCUGUUUUUGACGAUAAUCAAUGAGGCCUUUUCACGAACCAGAGAAGAUAACGAGAGGCUAAACAACGAGCUUGAGAUUGUCGACUUUAUGGUCUAUCGGUUUAAGCUCUGGACAGGUUUCAAAGAAAAACGCAUUAAAGUACCUCGGAAGAAGUAUAAUUACAUUGAAGGAGUUGAGCCCAUGCAAAGGGAAUGCGACACAAUGCAACAGAAGUUGAUAUUAAUGGUUGAUAAACUUAAUGAAUUCAUCCGACACGAGAAAUCAGAAGAACUGGGAAUUCCGAUGAAUAACACAAACCGCAUAAUUUUCACCACCUAAAAGCAUCUGUGUAGUUAAUAUAUAUAUUUUUCUGCAUUUCUGUUUUUAUUCAAUAAUAAUAAUAGUAAACAAGCAUUUUUAAAGUGCUCUCUACAGGAAAAUCUCAGAGCGCUAGCUAACUGUGCGUAGCUUGAUUCUCUGAAAAAGCUGGCAUUUCAAUUGUUUUUUGAAGGCAUCGAAAGAUUAAACCAAAGGCCAUGAUUUUGGUCAUUUAAAUUUCUACCCUCAGACGUUUAUCCCAAAAAAUAUCUCAAAAACUUACCAAUCAGAAUAGUUUGUCAUGGUCCAAUGAAGAAAUGAUUAAAUUUUCGUGACAAUUCGGAGUAGGGUAUGGAUAUGAGGACCAUUAAGUGGAAAGUCCCAGAACAGAUAUACCAAAAAAGUGAUAAACUGAUCUGACUCUGAAAGUUUAUUUCUCUUAUACUUAUUAACAGUGAUAUAAAAUAACAUUGUACUUCAACUGACCUGUUGUUUUGAUCAGCUUAGAAUUUAUUUUUAAGUGGAAAGUCCCAGAACAGAUAUACCAAAAAAAGUGAUAAACUGAUCUGACUCUGAAAGUUUAUUUCUCUUAUACUUAUUAACAGUGAUAUAAAAUAACAUUGUACUUCAACUGACCUGUUGUUUUGAUCAGCUUAGAAUUUAUUUUUAGGAAUAAUUGUACUUUACAAGGUACAAUAGAUUGUACCAAUUUGUAUUGUUUAGAUAUUGACGAGCUAAAUAUUUGCUUGUGUGUGACUUUGUACCAAGCCCUUUAGGCUAUUCUUACUAUAACAUUCGAUAUAUAGUUUGUUAAAUCAGGGAACAGUGUAAUUUAACCUGGUUAAAUUACUAGUUUUUUUCCACACACAUGAUCAUUAAUUGUAGACGGCUGGCGAACUUACAGCGACAGCAUUUGGUUUUUAAGUCCAUACUAUGUUUCUCUUGAGACUAGGGGUGGAUUUUUUUGGAAGGUAAAACAAAAAGAAAGAAAGAAUUAAAGAAAGAAAGAAAGAAAGAAAGAAAGAAAAAGAACAAAUUGAUCGCUCAAACAGCAUCAGGGCCAUGUCCCCGGAUCCCCUAGGGUAGUAUUAUGUCAAUCAGUUCCACUUUCGGUCCCCCUCUUGGACAUCUCUGGAUCCGCCUCUGGAGACGCAAGACAUUAUAAAUCAAAGGCUUUUAACUAUAUUAAUGUUUCUUCUGUUUUGAUAAUAUUGUGGACAUUUUUGCCAAAGGUUUCAGUAUUGACUAUUAGUUGUUUCACGUCAACUAAUUAAUUAAAUUUGUAUAUAUAUUUAUUGUUGUUGCUUGGUGAUAUACAUUAUAUUAGUCUCUCUUUUUUGGGAAAACAAGAACAAUAUAUUAUGCUUUUGUUGUAUUUUGUAAUCUGCUGUAUUUUUCCAAACAACUUUUAUUAUUAAAAUGUUUUUGUUUUUUAAUUACACACAUACUUAUAAAAUUAUCCUGCCUUCAAAGGCAAAAGGGCAAUUACUAUUACGAAUAAAAAGCGAUAAGAUAAUUUGAAAAAUUGGCCUAAUUAUAAAACGUUGCUCAAAAGAGUAGAGAGCUUUCGCUCUGACGUCAACAAUUUAGUUUUACGUUAAUAUAUAAUAUAUAGAUUCCAUUUUUUCAAUUUGUACCCAAUAUGAAACUAUUUUUGAUUGUGAUAAUUGUUAAUUAAAUUAAU